CCCCGUUCAACUUUGAAACCGUCUUACAUGUGAACGAUGACCUAAUUUGGGAUAGUCCGUUAGCUGUGCUCGGCCCUAACAGCCCAUCGGUAUUGGAAUGUGAUCUCGCCAGAACCCACAGAGUCUUUUCGAGUUCAAGGAAAUGCUUGGAGAGGGCUCGUUUGGAUGCGUCUACAAAGCACAUUUUUACGGACAGUCGGAUAAGGACAGCGGCUCUGUAGUCGCCAUCAAACAACUCGAUCUGGGAAGGCCCAGUCAACGAACAAUCAUCGAGAAAGAGAUCGAGACACUGAAACAGCUGAACCACGAGGCUGUGCUCAAGUACUUUGGCUGCUUUCCUGUGGCCAAUUCUAUAUGGAUCUUGACGGAAUACUGUGCUGCAGGAUCCAUCUCGGACUGCAUCGAGAUCACCGAAUGCACUUUCUCUCCAAAGCAAAUAGCCAUUGUCUUGGCAUCGGCGAUCGACGGUCUGGCCUACCUUCACUCCCAGCACAUUGUGCAUCGUGACGUCAAAUCCGCAAAUAUCCUGCUGACCGAUGCGGCACAAGUAAAGAUAGCCGACUUUGGUGUUGCAGAGAAGUUGACGAGCAGUGACGAAUCGAAGAUAUCCUUUGUUGGGUCGCCACACUGGAUGAGCCCCGAAGUUCUGACUGCCGGGAUGAGCUACAGCACGACGGCUGAUAUAUGGAGCCUCGGUAUCACCGCGAUCGAAAUGUCGGAAGGACUGCCACCGAUGGCAGAGUUGCCGCCCAAUGUUGUCAUGCUUCGAAUUCCCAUCCAAGCGCCACCAACCCUUCCGAAUCCGGCCCAGUUUUCCAAAGAAUUCAACGACUUUAUCGCAAAAUGCCUGAGCCACAAUCCCAAAGACCGUCCGUCGGCCAAAGCGUUGCUCUCGCACCCGUUUAUUGAAAAGUACGUCGGUCUCGUCCCAAAUGAUCCGCUUCGGAAGCCUUUGAGGGAAAAGGUCCGCGAAGUUUUACGAGCCAGGGAAGCGGACAGCAGAAACAAGAGUCGGCUUCGACGAUCCAUUCAUAUGAAGCGCGAGAACUCUGAAGAUCAUCCUCGGUUAGCCCGGAUGCGACCCGACCCAGCUAAUGUAACCAAGGAGCGUCUCGCCCAAAUCCGUCCUCUGAUAUCGGACGCCAUCGACAUUCCACAAUCCUCCGAAUAUAUACCGGCCGGAGACCAUAGCUAUGGCACCAUGGUAAUCAACGACGAUGUCAUGGAUUACACCAAGCCAGCCGAUAUCCUUGGCCUUGGCCCCGGCGGCGAGAUCAUAUACAACGAUUUGGAAAGCGCUCCCGUGCGGCAGUCUCGGUCGCGCAUUCCCAAUCCGGACGAAUCUCAUGUUCGGGAGCCCUCUUUCGACCUCAACGGAGAGUCUCGGUCGGCAUUGUUUGUGCCUCGGUCCGAGCGCCAGCCUCUACCGAUUGCUCUCGAUGGACUUGCGACGGCGGCGGCGGGCGAGCCAUCGGUGUCAACACCAACAAGCGAAUUCGAGUCGCCGCUCGUAGAUCUGGUGCGCACAGGCUCUUCUCGAGUUCGACACACGAUUCGUCAGCAUCUGAAAAACUUGCGGCAAAACCUGCGCGCGGCAAACUUUGUCAUUGCGCGUGAACAGAGGGAUGGGGCAUCGCCGAGCCUUUCUCCUCCAUAUGUGGUCAUGCGUGCGUCCCCCGCCAAGAAUGCCCGGACAAGCUCCGAUCUCGACACCAAGACCAAUGACCACACCCUGAUUGAGGGUAUGUCCGAUCGACUUCGUGUCAGUACGCGAAUGUAUGGCCACAAGAUUCGCGAUUUGGAACAUCCAUCGUCGCUCUUCAUUCCGGUAAUGAAUCGUGCCAAGAGCGACCCAGCAAACGGAAGCCCUGUACUUACCCACACGCGACCGAGUCUCGCUGGCACUUCAAGACCUAACUCCUUUUACUCGACUGGCAAUGAAUCUUCUGGCGACGUACGACUGUUCGAGAGCAUCUCACGCUCGUCGUUCGAAAAGCGGCGAGCCGAGCACAUGCCGAGUUUAUCCAGAUCUCUGGCAGACUUUCCGAGUUCACGCUGAGGCUGAGGAGCAAGGUCGUUGGAGCCUUCAAGAAGGCUCGAGAAUAGGUCAUGAAUAGCAUUUGUUUUCUCGGGCGGCUUUGCAUCCCGGGAGCUGUCAAGCAAAUCCCGAACGAACCCGUGGCCGUGGCAAGAGUCACCGACACACAGAUAUUUUCGAAGAAGGGACUCGCGGGUCCCAUCUUGUACUGCAAACUUGGAGCGACUACUGAUUCAAAUAGAUACAGCUCGUUCAGAACAGCGGGGUACAUCAGCACCGAUUCGUUUCUGUUAUUGUCUAGUUCUUCCAGCAUAAACCGGACAUCCAGCUAUCACCAAGGAGGAAGAGGGCUGUCAAUCGCGAGUUGCGUUCAUCGACAAGGGAGGA